AAAGUCAGAUAAAUUGGGAAAAAAUACUAACAUAUGAUUGGCCCGUCUUACCAGCACGUAGGCCGAUUGUCGAUUCCAGUCAUACGAUCUGUCAUCAUCCUUCGUACAAUGCAAAAAGGGAAGUUGAAAGUGGGAGAUCGCAGAGCCUUAUGAAAUUAAACGUUACGGUAGCUUGCUGGUUUAUCGACACACUGGACAGACACUGAAGUGCAACAAAGAUUGUCCUGGAGACACCAUUCACAAUAACUAGCUUCCUCUUUUUGGUAUUUUCUACAGUUAUUCACAGUACCUCAGCGUCCAGAGGACGAGACCGGGCAGUGUGACAUGGCAAGUAGAGGCGGAGCUACGCGACCCAAUGGGCCAAACGCAGGCAACAAGAUCUGCCAGUUCAAACUUGUGCUCUUAGGAGAGUCAGCUGUGGGGAAGUCGAGUCUCGUACUUCGUUUUGUCAAGGGACAGUUCCACGAAUUCCAGGAGAGCACAAUCGGAGCUGCCUUCCUGACUCAGACAGUAUGUUUGGAUGACACAACAGUCAAGUUUGAAAUCUGGGACACAGCUGGUCAGGAGCGCUACCACAGUCUGGCUCCAAUGUACUACAGAGGUGCCCAGGCAGCCAUUGUGGUGUAUGAUAUCACAAAUGAGGAGUCAUUUGUACGGGCAAAGAACUGGGUUAAAGAGCUUCAGAGACAAGCCAGUCCAAAUAUUGUAAUAGCGCUGGCUGGGAACAAGGCUGACCUCGCAAACAAGAGAGCACUGGACUUCCAGGAUGCACAGUCAUACGCAGAUGAUAACAGCUUGCUUUUUAUGGAAACCUCAGCAAAGACCUCUAUGAACGUGAACGAGAUAUUCAUGGCCAUUGCAAAGAAGUUACCCAAGAACGAGCCUCAAGCGACCGGAGCCAGCAGCGGGCGGAACCGGGGUGUGGACCUGACGGAGACGGCUCAGCCCACCAGCCGUUCCUGCUGCAGUAACUAACCCGGUCCUCCCUGGUCAUUCUUCCCCCCCCAUCCCUCUCCCAACUGAACAUCUGGACAUCGGGCUCCUUGGCUUCCUGACGUCAGACCUGACCGUCAACCUCACUCCCCUGGAAUAGCUAAAAGACUCUGUAUAGCUGCAUUUCUAAUACCUUUUUUUUUGGUUGAUGUUCUUAUGUUUCUUCUUUUUACUUUUUUUUAAGAAGUGUAUAUCAGUAUAAUGGAUGCAUGUAUCACUACAACGCCUAAAACACAUUUUUAUCUAAUUCAGUUCGAAGACUAACCCCAAUUAAGAAAGAUGAGCAUUUGAGAAACCUGUGACCGUGUGGUUGUGUUGUUUGUGUGUGUGUGUGUUUGUGUGUGGAUGUCCAAUUGGGAGUUGCUUAUGAGAAGGUGUAGCCUCAUUUGUCACUUCACAGGGUCGGACUGGUGUUACCCGUUAAUACUCUUUGUGUGGGGGUUAAGUUAUGCUCACAAUCAGAAGAAAACCAAAUUGUUCCCAUCGUCUGUUUUGAGGCAUCACUGUAUUAAGACAGUGCCAGGAAAAAGACUGAUGUGCAAACCAAGAAUCCCUCCCUCCUCAUAUCUGUUACACAAGAAGACAUCUUCAUCCAAGGCUCCUAAUGGAAAGUGCGGAAAAUAAAAUUGGUACUGUCCAGUUUUGAAAUAAUUGGAUAAUGCACACAAAAAAAGGAUGAGUAUUGAGAAGAAAGACCGGCUCGAUACACAUCUGGCUUGCUAUUAUGCGCAACCAUCUGUAGAGCAAUAUGGGCUUGUCACAUUGCAAUACAUCACAUUGAACAACAAAGUCUUCUUGGAAUGGAAACCGACAUCCGGAACCAACACCUUGAGGUCACCAUGAGGCCCGUAUGACAGGAUUUGAUUUUUUUUAUUUUUUUUCGGCUUUGCUAUUUAACAAAUGCAUUCAAGUCCAUCCCAGAAGUUACAUUUGGACACUGAUAUGGUUGCACAUCAGAGAAAAUCAACAGGGAACUUAAAGACUGUAGAACAUCUUGUUUUUUGAGUUGCCAAGACUGGAACAUACAACUAGUGCUAUAUGAAUCUCUUGUCGUUGUUAAUACACUCUGGCCAUAAGUGAACCUGCAUUCAUUUGGGUGAUCUCAAUCAAAUGGCACAGGGGGGUUGUUUUUAGAAUAAAGUUCAGACGGCAACAGAAAAUUGGUCUUCUACCCAUCAUCACAAGUCUGUGCAAAAACAAAUAUACUCUAAUGUUGUCAUAGGGUACAAUGUUGUCUUCUUCCUUUAGCACAGCUUGCGGAGCUCUUGAGCACACCAGGAAAUGAUCUAGGGAUUCUGAACAAUUGUACAGUUCAAUAUAGGUCUUUUUUUUUAUUUUUCUUCAUCCUAGACCUUGUCACAAACUGGUCAAAUGUUAAACAGUGGUGGUCUUUUUAGGUAAAUGUAGUGUUAUUAACCAAAUCCCUCUCUCUUGUCUUGUUACUUUUCUCCAGAUGGUCCAUGGUCAUGUUUGAAAGGAACUUUUAUUGCAUUGCACAGUGUUGAUCAUGUUUUAAUUAAUGACUGCCCUUCAAUUUUAUAUGACGGACUGUAUUGGACUUGCUAACCUUCAGCUAUAAGCGGGUAGCAUAAUUAACCUUACUGGUGGUCUCUCUUAAAGCUCAAUGAAUUUUAAUGAUGUGAAACAGCAUUACUAGUGAUGGGCUGAUCAGUUUUGAGUGUCUGAAUACAACUUAAUAAAUUCAAUUAAAGAGGUCUAUU